CGGUGAAGUUAAAGCUGUGGGCCUGAAGGUUUGAGUCCGUAGUGCCGGUCUCUGUGGCGGUGUAAACGCCGCUGUGAAAAGCGCCCUUACCUCUGGGAGAGGAGGUUGUCGAGAGUCAGCAUCGUUCCUGAAAACCGCAUGCUGUUCUUUCUGAGCUGCUGGUUUGAGUGGGUGGUUGUUUUCUUUCUUCACUGUAGUUGCAUAAUAUAUACAAGACAAAUCUUAGAUAAUGUUCAUGUUGUCAUAACUUACUCUUCCACUAGGGAAAAGUUUUAAAAUGUGGAACCUCUUCACCUUUCCUUGCAUACUCCUAUCUUCAAAGUACAUUAGGUAUCCUCAAAGUAAUAUGUAUUGCCCUGCCUCCAACACUUAUAUUUAUUUUCCCGGAGGGUUAUGUCGCUGAAGAUUCGAGUUAAAGAUAUUUCUGUCCUGGUACCAAAAGUUUGUUUAGUAAAAGUAAAAAACAGUCAAACUUAAUCACAGCAAUUUUUUUUCCCUGCAGCUGGAGCUUUAAAUUGUAACUUUAUAUAGGCAUACUCGUAGAGGAAAGAUGUUUCAAAGUGCAUGCAGAAUACCAAAAAGCAUUUGAAGGAAAAAAAAAAGUAGGAGAGAUGCUAAAGGAGUCCUUUAACAGACGUCCUUUUGUUUAUCUGUUGUGGUGCUAGGAAGAAUACAGUGUUUUUGCAACAAGUAUGUUUGUGCUAAAUGUCUUAAAAUUAAACUAUACAGAUUCAUUGUAGGUGACUGUCAGACUAAUUUCAGUUCAGGUAACAAAAGCAAAAUGCUAUUUCUGGUAGGCUGAAUAACUAAGCUAUUAUUAAAUGUCAUCCAGAAAUCCAAAGCAGCAGAAUUGGUACCACAGUGCUCAUACAGUCUUCUUUUAUGCCCAUUUUUUCUCCAGAAUUGAAUGCUAAAGGGAAGCCCUAGUGUUAGGGAUAAUAAAACUAAAAUCUCAACUGUACACAUAUAUGGGAUGGAAUUGAAAUUUUUUUUAACCUUAGUUUGAUUUAGGAACAAAUGCUGUCAUUACAUGGUUUCCUGAAUGAAAUACCUUCAGGGAUGAAGUUAGGGAGUAAGAUACCUUCUAUUCCUUCCUGUUUAUUUUUCUGUGAAAGUCAGGAUGCUCUUCCAACAUAAGUAAUAUAUGAUCAACUUAGUAUUUGUAGAUCUUAGUUCCUGUUAAACCCAAGAAUAUUACUUCUGUUCAUAGAUCAGUUGGGCAAAGAUUAAUACUGGCCCCUCCUAGUGUGACAUUUGAAGGUGUGGUAUGACUUGUGCAAGCAAGUAGGCAGGAAGUAGAAUUGUGGUGUGUUUUUUUUUAUAAUCUUAAAGGUCUUUUCCAUUAACUCUGAUUCUACUUGAUUUCUUUGGUUUAUCUUUAAUAUUGCUUUAGAUGAGAUGCUUUUGCUCAGACAUUUUGAAAGGGCAUUAUUAAGUGUCUGAAGGGUUUAUGAAUAGAGGAAUUUUAGGAGUUUGGUUGCUGGAUCCAAGCUUCUGUUUAAGGAAUAGUCUUUACUGAUUUGAAUCAUACUUUGUUCUCUGAUUGAAGGAGACUAUCCUUUGGGUCCAUUUUCCAUCUUGUAGAUGGGUCAAGUGCACUUUCACUCAGUGCUUUAUCAAAGGCACAGUUGGGAGGCAGCUGAAUUAGUUCAGUUUGCUUCUGGUACUUCCCCUGCCCAGAAGGGUUUUUAAAAAAAUCCUCAUGGCAAGAGAUUAGCACAUGUGAUGGUUCCAGGAAUUAGCAUGACUAUUGUGUGCCUGUUUUAGGAGCCACUGCCUGUGGAUAUGCAGAGCAUGGCUGCUGCCUCCCAGGUGCAGGGAAUGCUGAGUGCAAGUGGCUGCUGUGAUACAGAGCUGGAGGGCAGCUGACUGGAGAGCACUUGGUUUGCAUACAGGAAGGUUUGAAAUACUUCUGGGCUACAGUGAAGUGCAAUUUUGUGAUAGUUGGUCUGAAAAUGUUAUUGUUUAUACUGAGAUGUGCUGGACCACUGUGGAAUACUGAUUUCGUGGACUUUUCUUUGUCAUCCUUUAGCUGUGUAAUGAUGCACAGAUUAGAGCAUAAACAACAUUGGGGGCUACUGAUUUUGAUCUACUUACUCUAAUCUAAUUGAAAAGAAAAAUAAUUAAUGAAUAUGACAAAACCAGUAAUUGGGUCUUUGUUCUUAAAAUCUCAAAGGGCUCUUCUUGCUGCACUUUUAUAAUAUUUAGUAUAUAUUAUUCUCUAAUAAAGGCUCUGAGUUACCCUUGACUAAUCCUUACCGUGCUGCUGUCAUGGACACAUAAAACUGUUGGAUGGGUUAUUUAUUUUAAGAGGAACCGUAGUUCCUCAAACCUCUUACUUUGAUCUGUGGGAAUAACAAUUCUUGGUUUUAAUUUCCUUUCAUUUCCAUUUUUAGUGCUACUGUUGCUUGAAGCUUUAGCCUUUUGCUGAGAGGCCUGGAGGCAGAUUUCUGUGUGUAACAAAUGGCGGCGCAGUGUGUGACAAAGGUGGAGCUGACUAUUUCCUGCACCAAUCUCUUGGAUAAAGAUGUUGGUUCCAAGUCAGACCCUCUGUGUGUGCUUCUCCAGAACACAAGUGGUCAGCAGUGGUAUGAGGUUGAUCGCACAGAAAGAGUUAAGAAUUCCUUGAACCCAAAGUUUUCCAAGAAAUUCUUAAUUGAUUAUUAUUUUGAGCUUGUUCAGAAACUUAAGUUUGGAAUAUAUGACAUUGAUAACAAAACCUAUGAUCUGAAUGAUGAUGACUUCUUAGGAGAAUUAGAAUGUACGCUGGGACAGGUAGUUUCUAGCAGGACUCUGACAAAACCAUUAGUACUUAAAAAUGGCAAACCUGCUGGAAGAGGAAGCAUUACGAUUACAGCAGAAGAAGUAAAGGAUAACAGGGUGGUUGUAUUGGAAUUAGAAGCAAGGAAACUGGACAAUAAGGAUUUUUUUGGAAAGUCAGAUCCUUAUCUAGAAUUCCACAAGCAGACUGGAGAUGGAAACUGGGUGAUGGUUCACAGAACAGAGGUUAUUAAAAACAACCUGAAUCCUGUUUGGAGGCCCUUUAAAAUCUCUCUCAAUUCUCUGUGUUACAGUGACAUGGAUAAGUCAAUCAAGGUUGAGUGCUAUGACUACGAUGGUGAUGGGUCUCAUGAUCUCAUAGGAAGUUUUCAAACAACGAUGUCAAAACUGAAGGAAGCAUCUCGGUCAUCACCUGUUGAAUUUGAGUGCAUCAAUGAAAAGAAAAGACAGAAGAAAAAGAACUAUAAAAACUCUGGCAUCGUGAGCGUUAAGCAUUGUGAGAUUAUUGUAGAGUGCACAUUCCUUGAUUACAUCAUGGGUGGGUGUCAGCUGAAUUUCACCGUGGGGAUAGAUUUUACAGGCUCCAAUGGAGACCCUCGCUCUCCGGACUCUCUGCAUUACCUCAGCCCCAAUGGAGUUAAUGAAUACCUAACAGCCAUUUGGUCUGUCGGGAUGGUUGUUCAGGAUUAUGAUACAGAUAAGAUGUUUCCAGCCUUUGGAUUUGGUGCACAAAUUCCUCCCUCCUUUCAGGUAUCUCAUGAGUUCCCAAUAAAUUUUAAUCCUUCAAACCCAUUCUGUAAUGGGAUCCAAGGCAUUGUUGAUGCAUAUCGAGCCUGUCUUCCUCAAGUGAAGUUAUAUGGACCAACAAAUUUUUCUCCAAUUAUAAAUCAUGUGGCAAGAUUUGCUGCUGCAGCUACUCAGCAGCAAACAGCAUCUCAAUACUUUAUACUUCUGAUCAUAACGGAUGGUGUGAUAACAGACCUUGACCAAACUCGAACUGCCAUAGUUAAUGCCUCCAAGUUGCCCAUGUCCAUUAUCAUUGUUGGUGUGGGAGGAGCAGACUUUGAUGCCAUGGAGUUUCUUGAUGGUGACGAUGGAGUUCUUAGGUCCUCAUCAGGAGAACCAGCUGUCAGAGACAUUGUCCAAUUUGUGCCAUUCAGGAAGUUCCAAAAUUCUCCCAAAGAAGCUCUGGCUCAGUGUGUCCUGGCAGAAGUCCCUCAGCAAGUGGUGAACUACUUCAGCACCUACAAACUUCAGCCUCCUAAGAAUCCUGCUGCAAAAUGAAUGGGCUGAGCAGAGGAAAGACUUUGUGCUUGCUUUACUUGCUGUAUCUACAGACUUUGGUUCUCAAUAUACUUCUGUAUAUGUGUACUCAUGCCUCUGUAUCACGAUGCCAGAUGUUAGCUUUUGCCUACAAAUCACUUUGCCAAGUGUGCCUUUAAAGGGCCAAAAAUGUAAUGGUAUUUAAGUUUCAUGUUGAUUUGAGAGAGUGUGCUUAAAUGGAUGCAUUUGAUUUUGAAAGGAGUGGAAAAAAGAGUUUCUAUUAAGCCACCAUAACACAAUUUUGAUACAGGUGUUUCAUAUUCAGACAAGUGCCACAGAGUGUAAAGGCCCUCCUUGCACAGCUGUUUCUUCUUUGCUACUUCAGUGCCUUUGGGCAAUGCCUGGGAUUCAGGGCUGUGUGAACAUAAGCCAAAGAAGUCAUUAAAGUAUAUAUUCUUUUAUACUAUGCCUUCUCUUAAGGUAGUAUGGGAAUAAGUAGGGUGAAUUAAGGUAAACCUCUGACAUCUCAGCAUGGUAGUACUGGCCUAUGAGGCUACUACUGUAAAGGCUGUAAGUGUUCCAAUGUGCAGUGUACUGGAAAAUGGAAAUUCCAGAUUUAUUUUGGUAGGGGUUUUGUUUUGGGGUUCCAUACCCCCCCCCCAUAAAACAGUCAUGACUAUUGAUAUUUAAAGGGCUUUUUGUGAAGUAGGAAUUUGGUUUUUAGUUUAAAAGUUUUCUCUGAUUUAGAACUGCAUAUUUUGAGGUAAAGCAAGUUCUUCAAAUUACUACUUGUAUUUGCUUUUGUCAUAUUUUGAGUCAUGUUGCUUUUCCAUGAGCCCACUAAUGAAAAGUGCCUACAAAAAACCCGAUAUUCCCUUUUUCUCUCCUUUUAGGAAGACUCAAGAAAGUCAAGUCUCUCAAGCCCUAAUCCUGUAGUCGUACUGCAUUUCUCUAGGGCAAAACAUUUCUGAUUUAUUUACUUGGGUUGAGUUUUCCCUUCACCUUUUAUGCCAAGUGUAAAUCAUGUGUUUGGUUAGUGAAUAAAUGAAAGUUUCUUGACCUCCAGCUGCAUACUGCUUGCUGAGGAUCUCCUCUGAGCCUGUCACUGUGUGUAACAUAAGUGGAUGGAAAGGUCACAUUUAUCACUUCUGAAAUGCCAAUCUUGAACAUUAAUUUUGCAGUUUCACCUUUGAAGUGGUUUAGAGUUAGACAUCCAACUUAUCUCAUGUGGAUGGUCUGGCUCUAGUAUGUAAGAACAGAAUGGGCUACUGCUAAAUUUAGCACACUUGGACACUCAAGAUUUCACCAGGUCAUAGUGUAUUUGACUUUUAGCUGCUGGAGCUGCAUAGUGUGCUGCUUUUUUUGUUUUGGUUUGGUUUUUUUUUGUUUUUUUUUUUUUCUUUUUUGUUUUUUUUUGUUUGUUUGUUUUUUGUUGGGAUUUUUUUGUGUGUUUUACAUGUAUAAUCCUGUAGAAAGUCUGAAUUCACAUUAACGUUGAUGGGUGAAGGAUAUAUCUAUUGAUAUUAUAUUACACAAGACAUACCAAAUGCUUUGUAGACAGUUGACGUUUAUCAGUCGAUCAUGAAUGGAUAUAUUAUCUCCACUCCAUUUUUCUUGGUGGAAGGGGAUCCUAAAUACUAUCAAGUAGUGAAAUGUUAAGGAAGAGAGUUUGUUUCAUGUUAAGCCAAGCUCUUUCCUUUUUAAAAAUGUAAUUCAUAUAUUUAUGUAAAAAAAAUCUGUAAUCAUCUUUUUAUCAGUGUAGUUAAAAUCUGUUACUACUUUAUGUACAAAUUACAAUGAAGUGUCAUAUCACAUAUGCAACUCAAAAUGUUGAGAUCAAGGAAGUUACUAUAAUAAACCUAAAUCACACUGCUGCAAAUUGAGAGUGAAUGAUUUUGGAAGAGUAAACUGUUUCACAGCUGUCUGCUUCAUGUACACAGAGAACUGGAUGCAAUAUUAAUACUUUGCAUUAAUUGUAGUGGAUGAUAGGAGUACUACUGAUAGAAGUACGGGAUACUACUGAAGUUCCUCUGAGCUGUCUGCCAAAGAUAAAAUGCUGCACCUGUGUCAUGUGUUACCAAUUCCAUUUUAAGUUGCCAUGGAAGUGCAUUUAAGUGUGUUAGUAUGUAUUGCUAUACUAAGUAUCUGCUGCAUGUAAAAGAAAACCUGUUGUUCUGUCUGCAUUCGAUACAUAAAUUCUGAGUUUCUAUGGUAGAGAUUUCAUUACCUCUUAUUAGAGAAUUGCUCCCAUGUUCCUCAAGCUUAGGGAGUUAAAAUAGCAUAUCAACAACAUCUAAUUCUCAGUGUGCCCUAUUCUUUUUAAACUAAAUGUUUUAGACAGGACCGUGGCAAGAACUGGUAUAACUUAGAGAAGUGCAGCUAAUGCCUGUUGAAAACUUCCAGGGCAGGCUAAAGUGAUAUUUUGAGUGAAGAAAUGCAGCAGUUUGUGAGUCAAGGGGAAGGGGAGUUACUGUGCUGUUUUGCCAUUUUUUCUUUAUUUUCACAUGUUAAAAGUGCUCAAACAGCUUUCGGGUGACAAAGCAAAAUGUUGUCCAAGUUUGUAAAGUGAAUGUGCUCGUAGGUCACUGGCACCACCUUGUGAUAAAAGUGAUGUAUGGCAAUCUUUGUCAUCAGAUGCUUUUUGCCUUGUAUUGGUCAUAAUAUAUACAUAUGUACAGCAGAGAGCUCACCUGUAACCAGAAUUUUUUACUUUUAUAUGUAUUUCAGUUCUGAUGAAGUUAACUGAUUUAUAAUACCUGUGCAUUAAAACUAUCAUUUCAA